UCCGCGCCCCUCCCUCCUCGGCUCGCGCCUCCGGAGCAGAAGGAGGAAGAGCGGCCGCCCCGAGACCAUGAGCGGCUCCGGGGCCCCCGCGGCCCCCGGGCUGAGUUCGAGCCCCGGGGAUGCCGAGCCGGAGCCGGCGGCGUCGAUCCUGAGCGUCGACCUGGCCGGGCUGUUGUCGCAGUUCGCGCGGAGCUUCGCGCUGAUUUUCCCGGUGUACGUGCUGGGCUACCUGGGGCUGAGCUUCAGCUGGGUCCUGGUCGCUUUGCUGUGCCUCUUCUGGGUGCGGAGGCACCGCGGGGGAAAGAGCUCCCGCCUCGGCCGGGCCCUCGCUCUCCUCGAGGACGAGGAGCGGGCCGUGCGGCUGGCCGUCUCCACCGGCGACCUGCCCGCAUGGGUUCACUUUCCAGACACGGAGAGAGCAGAAUGGUUGAAUAAGACUGUGAAACACAUGUGGCCUUUCAUCUGCCAGUUCAUUGAGAAACUUUUUCGUGAAACAAUAGAGCCGACGGUGAGAGGAGCCAACAACCAUCUGAGCACCUUCAGUUUCACAAAAAUUGAUAUAGGUAACCAGCCCCUUAGGAUUAAUGGCGUUAAAGUGUACACUGAGAAUGUGGACAAAAGGCAGAUCAUUUUGGAUCUUCAAAUCAGUUUUGUUGGUAAUUGUGAAAUCGACUUGGAAAUCAAGAGAUACUUUUGCAGAGCUGGUGUGAAGAGCAUACAGAUUCAUGGUACAAUGAGAAUUAUAAUGGAACCGCUUCUUGGAGAUAUGCCCUUAAUUGGAGCACUGUCUCUUUUUUUCCUUAGGAAGCCACUGUUAGAAAUUAACUGGACAGGACUGACCAAUAUUCUGGAUAUUCCAGGACUGAACGGCUUAUCAGACACGAUAAUCCUAGAUAUUAUAUCUAAUUACCUGGUGCUUCCAAAUCGGAUCACGGUUCCUCUUGUCAGCGAGCUGCAGAUUGCUCAGCUGCGGUUCCCCAUACCAAAGGGUGUACUACGAAUACACUUUCUUGAAGCUCAGGAUCUGGAGAGAAAAGAUACUUUCCUAAAGGGAACUAUAAAGGGAAAGUCUGAUCCUUAUGGAAUCAUUCGUGUUGGCAAUCAGAUUUUCCAAAGCAAAGUCAUCAAAGAAAAUCUCAAUCCAAAGUGGAAUGAAGUUUAUGAGGCUUUAGUGUACGAGCAUCCAGGACAGGAGUUAGAGAUCGAGCUAUUUGAUGAAGAUCCAGACAAGGAUGAUUUUCUAGGAAGCCUAAUGAUUGACCUAAUUGAGGUUGAAAAGGAGCGCUACUUGGAUGAGUGGUUCACAUUGGAUGAAGUCUCCAAAGGAAAACUGCACUUAAAACUCGAAUGGCUCACAUUGAUGCCUACUGUAGAGACGCUUGACCAGGUGCUAAAAAGCAUUCGAGCUGACAAAGACCAAGCCAACGAUGGGCUUUCGUCAGCAUUACUGAUUCUCUAUUUGGAUUCAGCAAGAAAUCUACCAAGUAUCUACGAGGGAAACUUUGGGUGUGGAUACUUAAAAGAGAGGAGAGCAUCGGGACUAGUCUUUUGUGAAAAUACUACCUCACUCUAUAGAGCACUAUUUAAUAAUCCGUUAGAUUAUAAUCCAGAUGCCAUGAAGAAGUCUGCUGUUCAGAAAGCCUUAAAGAACCGAAUUCCAAUUAAACUAUUAACAACUUCGAUGGCGAACUCGGAAAAGAAAGUUAACAGCAACCCCAACCCACUCGUCUCAUUGACCGUUGGACACAAGGAACAGAUAAGUAAGAUUCGGUACAAGACCAAUGAACCUGUCUGGGAAGAAAACUUCACUUUCUUUGUUCACAACCCGAGACAGCAAGAGCUAGAAGUCGAGGUCAAGGAUGAUCAGCACCAGUGCUCCUUGGGAAAUUUCAAGCUUCCUUUAAGGCAACUCCUGGCAAGCGAAGAUUUAACUAUGCAUCAGAGAUUUCAUCUUAGCAACUCUGGUCCAAACAGCACUAUAAGCAUGAAGAUUGCACUCAGGAUCCUUUCUCUUCAAAGACCAGACAGGCCUCCAGACCACCAACACUCGGCCCAAGUGAAGAGGCCUUCUGUUUCCAAAGAUGGAAGGAAAGGUUCUUUCAAGCCUCAGGUCCCUGCUUCUCCACCAGCUGACUUGAAUAAGCCUGCCUCCGCUGCUACGGCAACGGACACCGAAGAAAAGACUGAUGUGGUUGAAAAAAGCCAUCCUCCUAAUCCCAGUCCGUCGUGGCCAACAGAUCUCAGCAGGAGCUCCUCCGGUCUCCUGGCCUCCAAUCUGAGCUAUUCACCCAGCCAUCUCUCCAUCAAAGAGCCUACGCCAAGCAUAGCUUCGGACAUAUCACUACCCAUUGCUACUCAGGAGCUACGGCAGCGACUCAGACAACUUGAAAAUGGCACAACACUGGGACAGUCUCCGUUGGGGCAAAUUCAGUUAACAAUUCGUCACAGCUCACAAAGAAAUAAACUCAUAGUGGUGGUGCACUCAUGCAGAAAUCUAAUUGCUUUUUCGGAGGAAGGAUCAGACCCAUACGUCCGAAUGUAUUUAUUGCCUGACAAAAGGAGAUCAGGAAGAAGAAAAACAAAUGUUUUCAAGAAGAAUCUAAAUCCAUUAUUUGAUCAAAGGUAUCCUUUGACUGUUACCAUUACCUUUGAGGUGCAGAGGAGAACUCUCAGAUGUGCAGUAAAAGAACAGUGGGGAAGUCGGCCCAAAGAUAAAGCGGCUUGGUAUGGUUUUGAUACUACCUGAUGUGAAGAACUUCUUGCCAAAGGUUGCACCCAGUGGUAUGAUUUGAUCUGAAGACGUACAAAGUCCCUACGCUACCUUAGGAAGCUCUUGGAUGCCAGAAGAUCCUCUUUAGCAUACUUUUGCAAACCUUUAUAUAUUUUAUCUGCAUUGUUAACACAGAUGUAACAAUAUUAUUUUUAUAACUUUUAGUUAAUAGACACCCCCCACCCCUCGACAGUUUUAUAACACUCGGACGUUUUAUGUAGGUUUGUCAGCUUAAUUUUUGAACCUUUUUUCCCUCAUUUGUUACAGCUAUUUUAAUGUACAGGGGUUGAAAGUUGCAGAGUAACCGCUUCGUUUCCGCGUGGAACUUCUUUUAUGGCCCUUUUGUCCCUCUAACGAAGAAGAGAGAGAGAAGACAAUGCUCCUCCGCUUUGCCUCCUGUUUUGUAAUCUCCCUAAGGAAGUCUGCCGUGUAAACAGAAACUAUUUUUUUUAAUCCUUCCUCUCAGCGAUUUGAAUGCAAAAGUUGUACCAACAAAAGCAAACUAGAUAUUUUCUUCUAACUGCAUGCUAAAAAUUUAAAACGGGGCGGGGCGGGGCUUGGCAGUGAGAUGGUCUUAAUCUCACUAAUGUUAAUCGGUUUCUUUUUUUCUAAUUUAGGGGAAAUUAAUGAAAUGGUUAGCCCGUAUAUUUCUCGCCUUGAUGGCUUGCAAAAAGAGGAGAGUACAAAAAUAUUAACUUUUUAAUAUUUAUAUAGAAAUGUAUUCUUGGAAGUUCAGAUUAUUCAUCUAAGUCACACAUUCAGAUAGUAGUAUAAGGAAAUUGAACUGAAAUGUAUUUAUAAAUACUGUAUAAAAAGAUGGUCAUCGAGAUCCAGAAAUCACAGUAGGGAUCUGGGGUCUCCUAUGAUGCAAAAGUGAAACUGAUGUAAUGCAUUGUUUUGUUAUGCACUUUGACAGCCAUCAUUGCAUAUUAGAAUUUAUUUACCCAACCAAUACUACCAGAAAUUUGUCUAUGCAAAAGAAGGAUCAAGACGGAAUUCGUGAAUAUUAAAAAUUAGGACCUGUGAAACCACCCCAGUAAUCUAGCAAUUGCUGCGGUGUCAGUUUGCUACAGGUAUGGAACUGGGUCUUUGAAGCAAUCUUGCUGUUAAUCUCCUCUAAAUGCCAAAUUACGAGUUAAAAAAUUGGAGCUCAAAUUAUAGCAAGCUAGCUUUGUGCUGACUCUUUCCACACUUUGUUUCCAGUGCAUGCUUACAUUCGUACUCGUUUGGAGCAGUACCUCUUGUUCUUUUGGGAUCGACUCUAUUAAAAGCAGCUCACACUCCUUUAACCUCGCUUUCUGUAUUCUGCUGUAAGUGGCUGCCAGCACUGCAUCUCACAUGGAAUGCCACCAAUAAAGACUCUUUCUCUGGAGGCUAAGCAAAACAGACAAGUUUUUUAAAAAAACAAAUUGUGUUAAGCCGUCUUUUAAUCUGGAAUGCAUUACUCCUGAAUGUUGUUAAUGCAUUGUAGAAAGUGAGAGGGCCAUUUUAAAUCAAGUUUAUGUUCUGAUCAGUGUUGGGUAAUUUUUUCUCCGUAUCUGAUUUAAAGACUUGGGAAAUACAAGAAUGGUUU